UAGGAUUCGAUCGUGCAGCAAGCACCGCGCUGCGAGUUUGGAGUCGAUCGUGGCUACUGCGCUAGGCAUUGUGGCUGUGAUCUAACUUCUAAGUCACAGUAAGUGUUCCACUGUGUUGUGAUCGACGUGCUACAGUAUACAGAGCUAUACAGACGCUACGGGCGGGGCUGUUUGGCACGGGUAUGCCUGGCUAGCUAGCUAGCUAGCUGGGUCGAUGAAUUGUAGUAUUUCUUGCAACGUGGCGGAUAUACCGUUCCACUAAUCUAUAUCAAACUACAGGUUUUUUCCAUAUUAGGAGGCUCCACUACAGCCAAUUCAGCAUCUCUUAAAAUCAACCUACGGUGGGAAAUCCGUUGCCAGGAGCGUACUCCGUAGUCUCCUCGUGGACUCAAAUCCGGUGAACUGCUGACGUUCACGUGUGCCAACCGUGGCCUGUCGCAAGCAGCAGCAGCAGCGGCAGCACCGGGGGAAAUGGAUCGUGCACACGAGGGCAUUCUGCGACGACUGCGCAUGGACCUGCGGAAGAGCCUGGCAGUGGACGACCACCUGCUCGACCACCUGUACUGCAAGCGCAUCAUCACCGAGGCCGAGAAGCUAGAUAUCAAGGCCAAGGAGAGCGAUGGCGGUGGUGGUGGUGGCAGGCCGGUAUGCGGUAGGGAGCAGGCGGAAAUUAUCCUGCAGCUGUUGCCGUCGCGCGGUCGCAGUGCCUUUGCCGUCUUCCAUGACGCGCUCCAGCACUCCGCGCUCCGCUCCAAUCACGAGCUGGCGGCCCGACUGCGCUCGGCCGAGCAGAAGGAGCUGGGCGGCAAGGACGUGACGUGCUUUGCUGCGCCCGUCGAGGAGACAGCCGGCAGCCGCACCCGGACAGGAGUAGCGGAGACUGGAGACAGCAGCAGCUUUGACAGAAGUAACAGCUCUGGCUGGGCCAGUCGACCGUCCAGCAUGGAUGAAACUGACGGCAGUUGUUCCGGCAUGAGGCACAAUCCGUGGCACGACGAUCGCUUUCGCAAGCUGAUGGUCUGGCUGGUCAAAAGCAUGGAGCCGGCCGAGGCACGCCUGGUCUGCUUCGGCGAGGGGCUUCUCUCUGACACGGACAUGCUCGAGUUGCAGGGCAAGGAGAUCCAGGGCAGCAUCAGGCAUAACAUGCUCUUGAUGGAACGCUUGCGCAUUGGCGGACCAGCGAGCUAUGACAAGUUUCUCGCCGCCGUCAAGGAGAUGGGGCCCCAGCUUGCGGCGAAGUAUGACUCACUGGCCGAACUUAAGCACCCCGCCGUGACCUUCCGCUAGGUCAGUUCUCAAUCAUGAGGCCGUGGCUUGGACGAUUCCAAGAGAUUGACUAAAGACGCAUAUUUUUAUCAGCAGAGUUAUUUUUUAUGGCGGCUCCUGACCUAAGCAGCUGCUUCCAGUGCAAGCUUAAUAGCUUGUGGAUGCAUACAAGGAUGUGAGCGUGAACUUGGGUGUGAGCGUGGGUGUAGGUGAGAAUUUUUUGGAUUCAAACUGUCCAGGUCGAUAUUAGUAGAACCCUUGAUGAGUUGAUCCUAUACACGCUGUGUAUAACCACGGCAGUCUCCCAAACUGUCUGAGUGCUAUUUUGAGACUUAUUAUGGAGAUUUAUUACCCCCCACAGCCAUUUAUUAUUUCUCACGUGCACACACACACACACCUUUGGACCUUUGGAAAGCCCAUCGCCGAAGGCGAUGAUAGCUAUUAGGCGAGGCAGUAGUUCUUGUGUCGGGAUAAAUCAUUCGGACGGCGAAAGUCGCGGCCGCAGACACAGACGAACACUCUUGGUUGGGGCUGGCUUGGUGGCUUCCGACGGCUACGUUCGCGCCAGUCCCUCUAGUCCUGAGCAAGGUGGUACCAUUGCGCCUCCGGGAUACCGGUCGCACGCAGGUCUGAAGCUGCCACAUCUCUCCAAGCACACACACACACACACACACACACACACACAUAAAGCGACCACCACCACCACCACUGCUAUUAUGCCAUUUUUCCAGAGAAGUAUGAUCAUUCCACUUGCCAUCACAAACACACUUCAAGUUUCUUGGAUUGACAUGCACUGUCUGCACAAUCUGGAUGAUGUCACUGUCAACUUGACAGUGACAUCAUCCAGAUUGUGCAACUUUACACAAUGUCAUUGAUUUGAAACUUUC